AUGCAUGUUGGUCCAUUGAAAACCAUUACAUUGCGGAGAUCAUGCCAAGCCUGCGCCAGGGGUAAGCGGCGAUGCGAUCAGCGUUUACCUCAGUGUAGUCGCUGCGAAAGCAGAGGUGUAAACUGCGAAUACGUGAACCAACCACUUUCAGUCCAAAAUGGUUUCGAGAAAGUGCCAAGAAAGCGCGCCAAUCUCAAAAACCACACUGCCAAAACAGCAUCACCUCAUAUCCGCCUCCCCUUGCGACUGGAGAUCGCCAAAGAAUAUGACUCUUCAACAAUUCGAUUCCUGGUGAACGGACUACGCGCAUUCCCAAACACGUUUGCCGAAAAGUGCAAGACGAUGUUCAUUCAUCCAGAUCUCCACGCAACAGGACUCCCGGUCUGCAUUCGCGACAUGCAAGCACUUUGCAAAUUACACGUUCAAGCUGAACAGCAAAACCGCAAAGCUGAUCUUCUUCCACUCAUUCAUCAGCGAUCAGCGGAAUUACAUCGCCGCCUUAAACAAUCCUUAUCAUUCGAUGAGCUUUUAGGUUGUUCACAAGCUCUCCUUCUGGCGCAAUGCAUCGUCGCGUUGAACAAUUGUGAUAAUCCAGACAUGUACUCGGAAGGUAUCAGUGUGAUGCUUGAGGGGAUUGCAGUACGAUUAUGGGAACAGGCCCCUGUCCAACUUCCUCCGACACUUAGCCGGCGACACGCAUGGCUUUUGGCCGAGAGUGUUCGGCGCACUAUCAUCGUGAGCUUAAUGCUGAAGAGCGCGUAUUCAUUAAACACAAGAAAUUAUUCCGUUCGGACGCCUUUUGUUGAUGCUCUGCCAUUUGACGUGCGAACAAACUUAUGGGAUGACGAUUCAGAUAACACGUGGGCUGUUGAAUUACCCGAGUCUCCUGACUCUAUGAUCUCUUUGCAUGGGUAUUCGGAUGCUUUGGAAAGUGGUCACUUUCGUGAUGUGGCUCCAUUCGGAGCGUUAAUUCUGGCUGCAUGCAAAGGGAAAGAGGUUUCUUCUAUACCAUUUCCUCCGCCGGUCUCAUACUAUGGCAGCUAA